AUGAGUACCCGCACCGCUCAGGAGAGUCGGCCUUUCAGCAGGGCCGUAAGAAAGAUCAAGGUGGCCGCUGCGGUGACCAGUCUGGCCAAGAGCUGGCAGAACUGGGCCAACGAGCACUCCUGCAAACAAGACACAAUCCCCUCAGGUUGGAUGCCCGACUCCAUCAUCCAGGAUGAGAAAGAGAAGGAAAGGAAUGAGGUGAAGCUCCAGGUCAUGCCUCGAGUUGUCGUGGUCAAUGAUGAAGACAAAGCUGACAGCAAGAUCAAGACAGGUACGGUCAGCAAGGCCAUCGAGCCAAAACGCAGUGAAUAUGGUCACGAUCUGGUGAGCUCCAUCAAGGAGAAGAUCCAAACCAACCAGAUGACAGCUGAGGAGCCAAGAGCCUUCCUGGGGAAUGAGUCUCCCACCAGAAGACGGCUUUGUAGUGGGAAGGCCAGCGCUUCGGUGAAGGGUCUGGGACAGAGAGAAGAAAGCAAGAUGGGGUCUCGGAGCAGCAGCUUGGACACAGAGGACAGCGGACUGGGAGAAGAUGCAGCUCUGAGCGACAACAGUGAUCAAAGCGAGGUUGAGCGGAAGAAACCAAUUAGCAGACCCAAGAUUAGGGUGACCACAAUGGGCGACAUCAGAAGCAAGUGGCAGAAGUUCGCCGCGGAGCACGAGGAAGGUCAGAAGCUCAACCCGUUCAGCGACGACUUCGAUUACGAGCACGCCAUGGCCAUUCGACUGCACAAGGGCGAUGCGGGUUACGGGCGGCCCAAAGAGGGCUCCAAAACCGCUCAGAGAGCCGACCGCGCCCAGAAACACAUCCGCCGGGAAAUGGAGGAGAUGUGCUUCAUCAUCCGGGACAUGGGGCAGAGGGACAGAGACGGCCGCAUUUACAUUACCUUUGGCCGCCUGUUCGACCGCUACGUCAAGAUCUCCGAUAAGGUGGUGGGGAUUUUGCUCCGCUGCCGAAAACACAAGAUGGUAGAAUUUGAGGGGGAGAUGCUGUGGCAGGGCCAGGACGAUCACGUCAAGAUAAUCCUGCUGGAUUGAUGAUCUAGAACGUCAAACAUCUAAUAGAUACAGUGCUGUGCAAAAGUCAGACAACCGUAUUUAUUUCAUUUCCAGUCAAAAUAGUCAUUGAGCACAAUUUACUUGUUUUUCAGCAUCAGCAAACAGUAGAAAACAUAUCGCUGUCAUUGGAACAAAACCUCGUAUCUCCAAAACGGUCA